AUGGACAAACCCAAGCCGCUAAAGGUGUUUGGCAGGUCCCACUACGCUUGCACGAGGUGUAAGCUCUCCAAAAUCAAGUGCUCGGGCGAGAAGCCCGCCUGUGCCAACUGCAAAGCAGUCAACAAGGAGAACCAGUGUGUGUACCCUUCGAGGGACAGGAAGAUCGUCAUCAUGGAGUCCGACUUGAACAAGCUCCAUGAGAAGGUCAAGAUGCUCGAGGAGUUGGUCAAGUGUCAGGCGGCCUACACUGAUCAGCAGGGCCAAUUGCCCAGACUGAACUCGCCCUUGGUCCAGCAUCGCACCAUCAGCGGACAAUUAAUGGCUGCUCCUGAGCUGUAUUUGUUGCCCGACGCUGAGAACGAUCGGGUCCCCUUGAAGGUGUUGCUUCUCUGCUGGCACCAGCUCCCGGACCAGAGCUACACCUGGCAGCUUCUCAACGCCGUGAGCCUGACGUAUUCUCGUGAGUUCUACAUCAUUGACUUGGAGGCACUCCACCCGUUGGUGAGCAGGAUCUAUGCUUUCUUCAGCGUGCCCAAGUUGGAGUCAGUGCCUCCCCACGAGCACAUCCCUGCCAUCUCUCUUAGUUACUUCUUUGGCCUUUUGGCGUUUGGCGAGCAAAUGAAAAACAUGACGUUGGACCUGCUCCCUCCGUCGAUUGCUGCAGCUACGGGCGAAGGCCAUAGGUUUCCUGGUAUUGACUAUUACUCCACCGCUGCCAGGUUGUUUAGCCUAACUCACGAGGACACUUCGGUUCAGUUCAUCCAGAGCUCUUUGAUUUUAGGCUUGUAUGGCUGCAAUUUGAACAGGUACAAUACCGUGAACAACUAUUUUGGUGUGGCUGUUCGCUCGGCGGUGGCCAACGGCUACCACAGGCAGAUGGCGCCGCCUCGCCAGUUGACACCAGAGCAAAGACACUCUCACCAUGUUUUCGAGGAAAAGACAAAGCGGCUCUGGUGGUCGAUUUUUGUGAUUGACGUUGUGUGGGCAGCCAAAAUGAAUAUGCCUGCCUACAUUGACUACACAGACACUGACGUGGCGUUGCCCAACGAAAGCCCUCUAAUGGACCUUCACGACAACUUCAACACAGAGAUUCUCGAGGCCAACGUUCAUCUUGCCAAAUUCAUUGCAAAGUAUAACCGGUUGAUCUACGGGCCUAGCAUACGAACCUUCUCCAUUAAUUAUAUCAACACUGAGCAGUUCAACCAAAAAUUACUCAUCAAAAAUGUCAUUAAUUCUCUUAAUGACUUACAAAUGCUGUUCGAGGUACCGACGCUAUCACAUUACAAGCAUGUAAAUAUCAUCUCGCUGCCCGACAGAAACGUUGCAAAUUUGUUUUUGAGAUACGGUCAAAUGACCAUUCUCAUCACCAAGCCACUACUUUCCUUGAUCCUUAACAAGGGCACUAGAUCCUCAAUGAGCGAGCCCGAGAAGGUCAUGGACGCCAUCGCAAAGGUGUCUACAACUGCUGCUCGCUCUGUCGAAACUCUUCUUAAGCUCUACGAGUACAAUAAGCUAUUUGUAUUGGGGUUCUGGGACAGUCAGCACUUGCUUUCCGCAUUGUUGCUUCUUGUCAUGGCCACCGUUGCUGGAGUUCAUUACGAAAACCUCAACAAGGCUACUGCUUUGCUCAAGUACAUGGCAGACAAUCUGAACAUCAACGCGGCUAAUGCCAUGCAAAAGCUUGUACAAGUGAAUCACUUCUUGAGCCGCAUCCCAGAAAUGAACCUCAGGUUGGACCUUGAGCUGGACAUCACCCAUUUUGUCACCAAGAAAUCACCUUCCAUCACGGACCAGAAAAAUGGCAAUGACCACAUUGAAUUUUUCAACCCUUUUUCCGACAUGAAGCUGGAUGUAAGCUUUGUAUCGAGCAUAAAAUCCCCUCAUAUCCCACUCUACGAACAAUUUGGAUUCCACAAUAUGUCCCCUACUUCACAAGAGGCCCUCUUUGAUAUGAUCGCCACACUACAAAGCUGGGACAAUUUCCGUGGUCUUCCCAUCCACGUUUACGGCACGGGUGCUACAGCAGAGCUGGAACCAUGUAGUCAACAUCCUCAGCAGCAACUGUCGGCGCCAGGGUCCAGCAACUUCAAGAUCGGCAGCAUCAUUCAGGGAGAGUGA